CUUUUUAUUAUGAGUAGCAAGAAGAUGAAUACCACAACAAACUCCACCAUCUCUCUGAAACAUGAGCUUCGAAUCUUACCCUCCUCCAUUUCGCAACCUACUCCAACCGCCACUGAGCAGCCCGGCCCAGAUCCUCGAUUCGGGAUGGGGUGCCCUUAACUCGGAUCCUAUACCCGUCGUGGAUCUUCAGUGCCUUGAGCUUGGGGACUGCAAGCUUCUUGAGGAGCCUUGUAAGCAAUGGGGACUUUUUCGUUUGGUCAACCACGGAGUUCCUGAAAGUCUUUUGAGUCAAGCACAGGACUAUGCCAGAACGCUUUUUUCUCUUACCUUUGAAUCCAAACAGGCCCUUAUUACUAGCCCUCUGUCUUACUUCUGGGGUACCCCUGCCCUUACUCCAACUGGGGCGGCGUUAUCGGCCGAAAAACUCCAGAAUAUCAAUUUGGUCGAAGGUCUCAACAUCCCUCUGAGUCAACUGCCUCGAUUUCAAACUGACGAUCCUAGAAUUGCUUCUUUCUGCCAUGUGCUAGAAGAAUAUGGGAGGCAUCUAGCUAGAAUUGGCAGAACCCUAUUUAAAGGUAUGUCCACGAGCCUGAGUUUGGAUCCAAUUGAAUACGAGUCAAAUUUAUCAGAAUCUACUGGUUUAGUACGUGUAUACCGAUACCCACAUUGGCCUUCGAAAUAUAAGAAAGAAAACAAGUCUGCAUGGGGAAUGGACGUGCACACUGACAGUUCCGUGCUGUCCAUACUGAACCAGGACGAGGUCGGUGGCCUUGAAGUGCUCAAAGACAAUCAGUGGUUCACUGUGAAACCCAUUGCCAACACACUGGUCGUCAAUCUUGGAGAUAUGAUGCAGGCGAUAAGCGAUGAUGAAUACACAAGUGUGAAACACAGGGUAAAGGUGAACGAAUACAGAGAGCGCAUUUCAAUUUGCUACUUUGUGUUUCCUGGCGAAAACAGUGUGAUUCGAAGCUCAAACUACAAGCCUUUUACUUACAGGGAUUUUCAAGAACAAGUGCAGAAAGACAUAAAGACUGUUGGCUAUAAGGUUGGCCUUAACAGAUUCAAGCUUAGAGAUGCUUGUUAACUGAUCUUUUGGUCCAAAUAACAUUUUGUGAGUCGUCCUUAAUUGGCAAAACUAAUGCCACUAAACUUGAAAGUUAAAUUAAGCAUUGAUUUAAGUUAUAAAAUUAAGUAUUUAGGUUUGUGUUUAAUAUAUUUUGUGCACACUACGAGUUGGCUCCCAUGAA